AUUAGGAGACCAAGAAAAAGGUGAUGAUUGAAACAGAGAUACGUGCCUUCACUGGGAGGAGCCGACAUUACAGCUCUUCAUCCCAUCUCCAUCUCCACCUCCACUCCACCUACCUGCUUUCCAUGGAGCUUCACCGCCGCCGCCGCAACCGCCGCCUCUCCUCUAAUCUUCCUGCCCGCCAUCUUGCUGGAUAAUGGGUCCAGGUUUCACCUCAACUCGUGCUUCACGUUUCACUCACUCUGCUUCGUUCAUCCAUUUUCAUCCCCUUCUUUACCUCCUCUGUAACCUUUACCUUCUCCCUUUCCCCUUUUCCUCUCCACUCCCAUGGCCGCCUCUGAAGAACCCAACGCCGCCGCUUCCCUUCACGGCUCCUCAUCGGCUUCUCAGCCCCUUAUCUCAAACCCCUCUCCUCCGCCGCUUCUAUACCCUUACCCCACCAUUGACGACCCACCACAGAGCAAUCCCUCCGAAUCUGACCCUUCUCAGUACCUUCAAAUUUCCUACAACUACGGCCACCGGCCGUUCAAGGACAUACCCAUCCUUGUUCUUUUCAUUCUCUUCGUUUUAUCCUCUUUUGGGUUCGGGAUUUUUGCCACUUUCAAUCGAAAUAUCAGUUACUCUAACCUCUCCUCCUAUUACUAUGAUCAGAAAACCUCCAAUUGUGUCACGGACUCUGUUUUUCCUUCAUCCCCCAUUUGGGUUUUUCUCUACUCUUUCUCCUCUUCUUCCUCUGUUUUGAAAUCCUUGAUUUGGACCCUUGUAGCUACUUUGAUUUUGAGCUUACCCAUUUGCUUUUUUUUACUUCUCUUGCUUAAGCACUACACGAGGCAGAUUGUAUACGCCUCACUUCCUUUCUUCGUUCUUCUUCCUAUCUUCAUCAAUGUCUAUUGGUUCAUUGCCUGUACGGUUAACCCCACUUGCAGCUACAACUUCCCUAUGGUGUACAGAAUAUUAGUUCUGAUCUUCAUGUUCUUGGUGAUUGGGGUAAUCGUGUGGAUAUUUAUCGUUAAUUGGCAUCGAAUUGGGCUCACCAUUAGUAUAAUUGGGGUUGCCUCGGAUGCAUUGUCAAUGAAUCUGGGUUUGCUUGUGGUUAUACCGAGUAUGACACUGGGGCUACUGAUUUAUUAUGCACCAAUUGUUCUGUUCUUGGUGUUUGCGAGGUUGAAUGGGAAAAUUGUGCCCCAUCACCAUGGAUCGAGUGGAGACUAUACUUGUGUUUGGAAGCAAGAUAAGUGGGUACCUGCUUAUUAUGCAUUGGCUAUUCUUACGAUGUUGUGGUCUGGUGCUGUAAUGGUUGAAGGACAAGUUUAUGUGAUUAGUGGUACCAUUUCGCAGUGGUAUUUCUCGAAAGAAGAGGAUGACACUCCAAGCCGGAGCAUUAGAAAGUCUUUAAGGAAUGCAUUUGGUCCCUCUGCUGGCACUGUAUGUUUAUCUGGGUUACUAAUUCUUGUGGUGCGUGUCGUUCGUGCUAUGGUCGAUAGUGCACGACAAGAAGAUACUCCUGGGAUGUUCAAGAUCAUUUUACGUUGCUGCGUAAAUGCAUUUCUGGCAGCUGUCGAUUAUCUGAACAAAUUCACAAUAACUUUUGCAGCAAUAACUGGUGAAGCUUACUGCUCGUCUGCAAGAAUGACAUACGAACUCUUGAAACGAAACCUCCUUUCGACGGUUUUUGUCGAAACAAUCUCCACACGUUUAUUACUUGGAAUUGCCUUCGUCCUCUCGGCCAUAUACGCAAUUGUGGCUUGUGCUAUCUUACGAGCUGUGAGCCAUCUUGGGGCCGAUACGUACCUUGUGGCUUUUGCGGCAUGGCUGCUCCUGAUCGUGAUACUCGAAUUCUUUAUCCACGUGUUGGAUAAUGUGAUCGAAACUGUUUACGUGUGCUAUGCCAUUGAUCGGGACAGAGGUGAAGUGUGCAAACAAGAUGUUCACGAGGUUUAUGUUCAUCUACCCAUUAGCAGAAAUCACAGAUCUUCCCUGGUAACUACUUCACUCCUUGUAUAAUAAAUUAGCCCUGCAAUUCACUUAGCAUAUGCGAUUCUGUCUAUAAUGAGAUGUCACCUUAUACAUUUUGAGCCUGCAGAGCCUUGUUCUUUAUAUAUUGCAUCGUGCAUGAACCUUUUGUGCACCUUUCA